AUGGAAAAGAAUGAAGCGAAUAAGGAGGGUAGUUUGGAGGUUCAAAAAAUGGAAAUUUCGGAUUCGAAAUUCAAAGUUACAGGUUGGGGCUACCGUCACCAGCAGUGUGUCAUUUUGUUCUUUACGCUCACCAUAGCGUACAGUAUGAGAGCGUGUAUGGGUGUUGCAUUAGUAGCGAUGACUGGAAAUGAAUCUCAAAAUGUACUCAAUAGAACAGAUUGCAAAACUCUCUGUAAUGUAAGCGAUUCUGAGAACAAUGAAGAGUCUACUUUUCUUCAUAGCUUGCUGGUAGUUCCUCCGUAUCCAAGAUUUAAGUGGCCCAAGAAGACCCAAGAUGCCGUGAUAUCUUCAUUCUUUUGGGGGUACAUGUUAACCCAGAUUCCAGCUGGGCAAAUAGCGCACCAUUUUGGCGCGAAGUACAUGCUGUUCGGCGCUUUGCUUAUUAACUGUGUUGUUUCUGUUUGUUUUCCCUGGGCAGCUUAUUAUGGUGGAUGGGUCGUGACAGCAUUGUGCCGGUUCCUCCAAGGUCUAAGCCAAGCGUGUAUAAUGCCAGGUCUCCACACAUUCUUUGGUAAAUGGGCACCGCUUGAAGAAAGGGGGAGAUUAGCUGGCUUCGCGUUUGGAGGUCAAGCAAUUGGGACCGUCCUUGGGUUGCCAAUAACUGGCUUCAUAGCCUCAUCUCCACUUGGGUGGCCAGGCAUAUUCAGGUUCUAUGGGUUAAUGUCUGGUAUUGUCGCUGGCUUUCUGUGGUGGCUGGCUGCGGAUACACCAGCUAAGCAUCCGAAGAUAUCGCCCGAAGAACGAAAGUACAUCGAAGAUGCCCUUGGGCAGAAGGCUGAAGACAGUAAGAAAGUCCUUCCAGUGCCCUGGAAGAAAAUCCUGACGUGUCGAGGAAUGUAUGCCAUAAUAAUCGCCCAUGUAGGGAAUGCAUGGGGACAGUUAACUUUGUAUUCAGAAGUGCCAGCUUUCAUGGAUAAAGUUAUGGGUGUUAACAUAAAGGCCAAUGGUCUCCUAACGGCCCUUCCGUUCCUAUGUAUGUGGUUUGCCAAUUUCUUCUUCAGCUGGUUAACUGAUAUGCUUAUCGUAAAGAAGAUAUUUAACGUCACACAGACAAGAAAAUUCGCUAACAGCUUAGGUUGCAUAUCAGCUGCUUUCGGCUUGAUUAUGUUGGCUUACGCCCCGAAGAACAUCUAUGUAGUUGAGUCUAUAUUGGUCUUUAUCUGCGUUAUGAAAAGUGCAGCCGGUCUGGGAUACCAUGUAAACCACAUAGAUAUUGCAAGCAACUACGCUGGUACCAUGAUGAGUCUGAGUAACUUUGGAUCCAACUUGGUGGGUUCUCUUGCACCGCUCGUCGCUGGAUACAUUCUCACAGAUGUGACCAACGAAUUUUUGUGGCGAAAAGUAUUCUUCGUGGCCGCUGGAUUUUACUUCUUCGCGAAUCUCUUUUACGUGAUACUUGGAACUGGCGAAAAAGCGGAAUGGAACGACCCACCAUCCCACGAUGGUGACGAUGUGGAAUCAGAAAACAAAAGUGAAGAAUCCGAACCGAUGCUCACAGGAACAAAUAUUAUUAUAAUGAAUGGAAACUAA